AUCAAGUGGGUCGACUCAGCCAAAAACUCUCAAAACUCUUACGCCUCGCCAUAUAGCUCAACGACACGUGUACCCAACGCGAAUCUUCACGAAUAACCCUCGUUACCCUCCCUGUUCCGGCCAAUCAACAUGUCACCGGGCGGGCUAAAGAAGCCGAUUCUCGCGCUCAACCGAAUUAUCGGGCACACGACUGCCAAAAACCAUAUCACCAAGCCGCACAUUGGCAACAUCGCUGCCCUCGACAAUGAUACGCGACAUGAAAAACACUUGAAGAAGGCGCAGGAUAGACUCGUCAAGGAGGAUGAACGGGAGAACGAGAGGCGGUCAUUUCAACAGCGUCGAAUAGACGAGGAGGAGAGAGCGCAUCAGGAUGACCCGCCCGAGAUCGCUGCUCGCUACGGCACCAAGACCGACGAUGUGCUUGCAAAGACGGAGUCCAUCCAAAAGCUAGCAGCGGACCCCGACAACGCCGGCAUGGCCGUCAGUUUCAUCGCCCGCGUCCACCAUGUCCGGUGCAUGAGUUCCAAACUAGCAUUCGUCAUUUUCCGAGACCAGAUCGAACUCAUUCAGGGCGUGCUGGCGUACCGGGAAGGGGAGGUGUCGGAGAACUUUGUGCGCUGGGCGGAACAUCUCAUCACCGAAGGGUAUGUCCACGUUCAGGGGACACUUCAGAGACCCCCCGAGGAGAUCAAAGGCUGCUCAAUCCGCGAGCUCGAGGUCAGGAUCGACACGAUGCACUCGGUGGUACCGGUGAAGGAGCACCUCCCCAUGGAUGUCUUCACCAUGGACCGAGUUGAGGAAGAUGAGGAAACCGGGCGGAUGGAAGGCAUGGCGUCAACCAGGGUGCGCGUUUCCAACCGCAUCCCAUAUCUACGCACACCAACCGCCCAGUCUAUCUUCCGCAUCAACGCCGUUAUCUGCAGUGCCUUCCGCUCCAUACUCGAGGCCGACAACUUUAUCGAGAUCCACACCCCCAAGCUCAUGCCGGGGGCAACCGAGUCGGGUGCUGAGGUGUUCCGGGUCGGCUACUUUGGCCGUACCGCGUUUCUUGCGCAGAGCCCCCAGCUGUGCAAGCAGAUGAGCAUCUCAGCCGACUUCGACCGCGUUUUCGAGAUCGGUCCUGUGUUCCGCGCCGAAGACAGCAACACUCACCGUCACCUGACCGAGUACACGGGCAUGGACUUGGAGAUGGCCAUCAACACCGACUACCGCGAAGCAAUGCGCGUCAUUGACGACUUGAUGAAGGGCAUUUUCGAGGCCAUUUACCGUCGGUGCCGGAAGGAAAUCGACGUCGUCAAGACACGCUUCCCACAUAAAGACCUCGUCUGGCUAGACCAGACGCCCAUCUUGACCUUUAAAGAGGCUGUAGACCUUUUGAACUCGUCGGGCUGGACCAAUGACCAUGGCCGCAAGGCUUCUGAGUUUGAAGAUCUGAACACCCGCGCCGAGAUUCGGAUCGGAGAGCUGGUCAAGGAAAAGUACAAAACAGAUUACUACAUAAUCGACAAGUUCCCGGCAUCUGCGAGACCUUUCUACACCCACCUCGACCCGGAAGACGCUAGACUGACCAACUCGUUUGACAUCUUCCUCCGCGGGCAAGAAAUCACAACAGGCGGCCAGCGCAUCCACAAACCUGACGUUCUCAAAGAGCGGAUGACCAAGGCAGGAAUUGAGCCCAGUGGCGUCGAAGAGUACAUGCAAGGCUUCGAGUUUGGUGUGCUUCCUCACGCUGGAUGCGGAAUCGGCUUGGAGCGGCUCUUGUUCCUAUUGUUGAACCUCGGUGACAUCCGCCAUGCCUCACUUUUCCCACGGGACCCCAGGUCUCUGCAAGAACACAAGGAAACCAUUGUGCGAUUACCGCACCCGGAAGCAGACACGAUUCGCUACGCCUACGACUUCGAGCAUGGCUACCCGGGUCUUGAGCUCCCCACGGUCGAGAAGCUCAUCGCCAACUACGGCGACGCCACCAACACAUCCUGGCUUGACGAUCGCUACAAAGUGUGGCGACACGAAGCAACGGGCGCCGCGGUCGGCUACGCGGAAGAGAACGGCUACAGCCUUGUCAUGGGCAACCCCCUCUGCGACCCAAAGCAGUACCAGCCCGUGGUCCGCGCCUUCCUCAAGGAGAUGCGGAAGCAACAAGACCUUCGACCGCUCUGGCUGCUUGUCGGGCCCGAAGUUGAAGAGAUCCUCGGCUCCAAGCUCGGCUGGAGGACACUCAGCUGUGUCGCGGAGGAACGCGUGCCGAUCGAGUCAGCGAAAAAAGUUACCAGAAAGGAGCGCCAAGCUGAUGACGCGGGUGUGACCAUUCACGAACAGCCCAACGGCGAGCCCGUCCCCCAGGAACUCCGCGACCGCUGUGACAAGAAGAUCCAGGAGUGGAAGGACAACCGCAAGGGCAGCAAGCAGGUGCACAUCACCGAGGUCCGUCCGUGGGCCGACAUGGAGCACCGCCGCUACCUCUGGGCCGAGACCAAGGAGGGCGACAUCGCGGCGCUCUGCGUGUUGCAUCGCCUGGCUCCCGCCAACGGCUACCAGAUCAAGUUCGCUCUGGACUUCCCGGGCUCGCCGAGCGGCACCAUCGAGGCCCUCAUCUCGGCCACCAUCCAGUCGCUUGCCAAAGCCGGGGUGCAAAACGUGACCUUUGGCGCGGGCGCGCUGCCGGAGAUGGUCACGGGCGGGAACCUGAACGGCAUCAGGGCGCGCAUCCUGUCCAAGACAUACAAGACCAUCGCGCAGCAGCUGAAGCUCGUGCAAAAGAGCGAGUUCCGGGAGAAGUUUGGGACUCGGAAUGACCUGGUUUACAUUUGUUACCCGUUCAUGGGCCUUGGUGUCAGCGGUGCGAGGACUCUCAUCAAGUUCUUCGAGGAUGAGAUGUGAGUUCCGUGACGGCUGGCCCGAUUUUCUCUUUUCAUGAUUCAUGAUUGUAGAACCAGGAGAUGUGUGUGUGUGUGGAUAAGAGCUAUUUUUGUAUUCUCUUUCUUUUUGGAUUUCGUGUUUGUUAAUUUCCUUGACGAUUGAUACCUUUUAUCAUGUCGACGACGGCGUCGUAUG